CUCUGCUGCUGCCGGACUCGCCGACUCUUCCAGGACCGCACCAGUCCCAGGACCCCUGAAAUGAAGGCACUUCCUGUCUGGUCCAUCGGUGGACCCCAUAUUCCCGGGAGCCCAUGACCUUAAUUCUGAUCACUUCAGCACCGACAACAUGCUGCCAUGAUGGAGGAGGGGCCCCCGAAGCUGGUGGAUUACUUUGUAGUGGCGGGCCUGACGCCGACGUCGAAGCUGCUGGAGGAUGAGAGCCGCCAGAGGCCGUCGCGCCCACCGGAACCCGUCACCGACGUGGCCGUGAUCAUCCGCUCCAUGGGCGAGGAUGUCCCUCAGGGGUACACCUGCAUCGAGAGGACCCCCGGGGGCCACUGCGCCGACCUCAGCAGCAGCCUCCUCACUAACCAGCAGCUGUACCUCUGCUACCGCCGGGGAAGGGACAAGAUGCCCAUAUCGGAGCUGGGGGUCUAUUAUGAGGGGAAGGAGACUCUGAAGCCAGGAUAUAAGUAUAUCGAAACCACGCCGUACAGCCACUCCGCCAACCUGAGCUCCGGAGUGCCUGGACACCCCAAAACCUUCCUCUCCUAUAAGAGGGCCCCCGAGUCCCUGGGACUGAACACACUGGGAGUGAUGGAUAUCUGUAUUAUCAACACCAGCAAAGGGGAGAGCAUACCACAUACCUUCUGCAGGGUGGAGCGAAACCUGAACACAAGCAUGUUCGGCCCCGCCCUCUUUCUCUGCUACAAGAAGGCCAUGGCGAAGACGCACAGCCUGGUGUAUGAAGCAGGGGUGAUCAGCCGAUUCCCGGAGACGGACAGCGAGCUCUUCCCACUCCCAGACCUGGUUGCUAUGUUCUGCCUGCCGAUGGGGGCCACCAUUGAGAGUUGGUCGGUGACCGCCAAGUACCACUUGCCUGUGUUUUCCACCUUCGUGCUGACCGGAGCGUCUGGGGACAAGGUAUACGGAGCUGCCAUCCAGUUCUAUGAGCAAUACCCGCGGGAGGAUCUGUCAGAGAAGCAGAGCCAACGCCUAGGCCUGAUCAGCGUGGUGGACAGGCGCCCCAUCGGCAACAAGUCCGUUCAGACCAAGAAGAGCAUCUGUGUCCUGUCCCACUGGCCUUUCUUUGACGUCUUCCAGAAGUUCCUGACUUUCAUCUAUCGCUACUCCAUCUCCGGCCCCCACGUCCUGCCCAUAGAAAAACACCUCUCCAACUUCAUGUUCAACGUCCCCUUCCCGUCCCCACAGAGACCACGCAUUCUAAUCCAGAUGUCUCCGUACGACAAUGUCCUACUGUGUCAGCCCGUGUCUUCUCCCCUCCCGCUCAGCGGAGCGAGUUUUGUGACGUUGCUCCAGAAUCUUGGCCCGGAGAACGCGGUAACGUUACUCCUCGCUGUCCUCACCGAACAGAAGCUGCUCAUCCAUUCACAGCGGCCGGACGUCCUGACCAGCGUGGCAGAGGCCCUGGUGUCCGUUAUCUUCCCUCUGCGAUGGCAGUGCCCCUACAUCCCUCUGUGCCCGCUGACCCUCGCCGAUGUGCUCUGUGCUCCGGUGCCGUUCAUCGUCGGCAUCCACUCCAGUUACUUUGACCUCCACGACCCCCCUCAGGAUGUCCUGUGCGUGGACCUGGAUACCAACACCCUGUUCCAGAGUGAAGAGAAAAAGAUCCCUUCUUAUCAGCAAUUACCUCGCAGACCCUGCAAAGUCCUGCGGAACUGCCUGAGUGACCUCCACAAACAGCUAGAUGAGAUGUAUAACAAGCCCAUGGAGGAAGCUUCUCUGGAGUUCCUGCUGAAGGAUUAUGAUCUGAUCUACGGACGGCGGACACAACUGGAACUGGACGUACGGGCCUCGUUUCUGAGAUUUAUGUCCUGCUUAUGCAAAGGAUACCGGUCCUACCUUCUGCCAAUUACACAGGCACCCUCAGAACGGACGUGGGACUCCAGCAACCUGUUCAACGUGGAGGGCUUCAAGAAGUCCAGGGACCGAGCCCACCAGAAGUUCUACUCGCAGCUAGUGAAGACUCAGAUGUUCACGCAGUUUAUCGAAGACUGCUCCUUUGUUAAUGAUCGUCAGGCGUCUCUCGAGUUUUUCGACAACUGUGUGGAGAAGGUGCAAGUUGAUGGGGAGAAGAUGGAAGACUUUCACCUGGUGGAGCUGGACGAAUCUCACCGCAGUGAACAUACCAUUUUUAUCAUGCCUGCCGAGGAGCCGCAGGACCCCCACGGCACAGAGACGCCAGCUCAGUACAAGUAUGAUACCUUCCCAGUUCUGCAGAGAGACCUGUUUGAGCUUCCACAAGAUCUGCUGAUGGCGCCCCCUGCUCAGUCCAAAACGAGCGCACCUAGCAGCCCUGCACCUCGACGAACUAAGCAAGAGAUCAAGUCUGCCCAGCGAGUGGCCCAGAUGUAUUCUUCCAGACCAGAGAUGUGGGCAAAAUGUCUUCUCGGUCACUGCUACGGCUUGUGGUUCAUCUAUCUGCCCACCUUCGUCAGAGCCACAGCUUCCAAGGUUCAAGCUCUGCAGACUGCCUACGAUGCUCUGAAACAGAUGGAGACUAAGAACGUGGUGCUGCCAGACGAGGUCUGUUACCGCAUCCUGAUGCAGCUUUGCGGUCAGUACGGGGAGCCAGUGUUGGCAGUUCGUGUGAUGCUGGAGAUGAGGAAAGCCGGGAUCGUCCCCAACGCCAUCACCUAUGGUUACUAUAACAAGGCUGUGCUGGAAAGCAAAUGGCCGUCCAGUAACCAGAGUGGGAGACUGCGCUGGGCCAAACUUAGGAACGUGGUUCUGGGUGCCGCUCAAUUCCGCCAGCCGCUCCGGCAGAGGCAGACCAGCUCUCAGUCUUUAAAUCCAAGUGAGGAACCGUCAGUAAGCAGGAAGGAUCAAUGGCAACACAAAAGCGCCACCAUUGAGCUACCCCCUCGGCUCCAUCUUCUGCGCCAGACCACCUGGGCCGGGCACACGAGCCAAAUACCCGAAGACCUCCCGGCCGCGAAGCUGGUUAAGAGUUGGAGCGUCAGCGAUGCCUGUAUGCUGGAGAUGGGAGCGACGGCCAUGAUGGAGGAUUUGGAGGUGGAAGGCGUCACUACUAGGUCAGACAUCAGCCCGUCACUAAGAUCGUCUAUUAGGACGCCCCUCGUACACCGACCCUCGGAAAACGGGAGCUUGUCCAACGUCAGUUUCCUGACAGACGGGACGGGGAGCGAGACCGUGACGUCGGAGGAGUCCGAGCUCAUCCUGACCGGAAGUUCCUCGGAAGCCCUCACUAGUCAGAGCCGUAGUGAGGAUGAGGGAUCCAGCCACUCCCGGGACCCUACCAAGAGGCGGAGUUUGGCCGGGAAGAUCCAGCAGCUACUAACACCCUCCAGGAAGCCUUCUAGGUCCUCCAUCUUCAGGAGGAACGGACAGUUGGGAGAUACCCCAUCACCACUGGUGUUGGCAGAUCACCGUCAAAGCUGGAGGAGCCAAAAGGAGAGCGCCAGAAGACCUGAGUCCAUCGCUUCUGAGAGUUCCGUGUCCCUGGGAAGCGAAGUGGACCUGUCAGACUUUGCCAUCCACAAAUCUACUGAACGUUUGCUUGAUGGAGGCCAGGAAUCUCCUGCUGUGGAAGUCUUACUGUCCAGCUGCUCUGCCUGUCCGGCCUGUCAUUCUCUCGUCUACGACGAGGACAUCAUGGCCGCCUGGACGUCUGACGACUCCAACCUGAAGACCGCGUGUUCCUUCUGCGGGCAGCACUUUGUACCGUUCCUGAACGUCAAGAUCACCGACCUGCAGAGGCAGCGGAGCGCAUCUGAUGGUUCCUCUGAGGUCUCUACCGAUGGCAGUGCAGUGAGCCGUGGACCUGUUUUAAGCGACCGGUACCAGUGUUUGGUCCUGGAUGAGGCAGACCCCAGCGGUCAGUGUAAUGGAUUCCCGAAUGUCCAGCACCGUGCAAGCGACGUGGACUCGGAGAUGGUGACGGUGGCGUACCUCUGCCCUUUGGUGCUACGUAAGGAAGUGGAAAGCCUGCUGGAGAAUGAAGGGAGCGACUUCCUGUCCCAGCCAGAGCUGGUGAACAGCCACCCAAUCAUCUACUGGAAUCUAGUGUGGUUCUUCCAGAGACUGGCACUGCCCAGCAACCUCCCGCAGCUCAUCUUGGCAUCCAAGCAUGUCCAGUGCCCGACAAAGAUGCCGGACAACACUCUUGUGAGCGUGCGCUUGUUAUGGGACAUCCUGGUGCAGGACCCGGACCGCUGGCCGCCCAUGUACGUCCUCUGGAAGCUACAUAGGAAUCUGCCCACUCACCUCCAAGGCUGGCGCUCCCAUUCUCACCCCUUCACGAUGGAGUUCCUGGAGAAGGUUCUGAAUCACAUCGGGCUCUUCGAGGUCCAUAAAGCCAUCUCGCUGGUCCUGUCCGUCCUACAGGAGCAGAAUUCUCCCCCGCAGGUUCUGCAGAGGGGUAUCUACAGGGAGAUGUUACUUCUGACAUUGGCUGCUCUGGGGAGAGAACACAUGGAUAUAGCCGCGUUCGACAGCAAGUACAAGGCGGCGUGCAAGAAGCUGGGGAACGCCAUGGGGAAGGAGGAACUGCGCAAGAGGCGGGCCCUGCUCCCCGGGCCCAAAGCCCUGGACUGCCGCAAGACGUUCGGCACCACACUGGAAUGCUAGGCUCCGCCUCCAUCGAUCGCUGUUUGGAAAGUGCAAUAUAUUGAAGGGGGGAGUGGUCUCCGUUCUAUUAAUAGACUGGAUGGGCGAGUGAAUUGGAGACCCCCUCCCCUUGACACUGGCGC